UGGCUGAUUCCUUAAACUCGUUCGCGUUGCUGAUGGUCGCGUGUGAAAAAUACAAUAAAAUACAACACUUAAAAGCCAGGAAAAUCAAAUAAAUUAAGGCCAUAACAAGGAAAUUGUAAAGUGCAGUGUUGAUAUUCAGAAAGGGGAGACCAAAAACACUUAAAAGGGAUCUAGAAAGAAGCUGCUUUCACUUUCUUCGCAGUGGGCCUUUUAGAAAUUUUUCACACAUUCGCAUGUGUUGGUGCGGUGGCGCGUUGGUGUUUAGGCUAUUACAUAUGCGUGGAUCUACAAUCUUUAAACGACUCUUCACUGCAGACUAGCAAACAAAUGCCAAAUUUUUACAAACCGCCGCUAUUAAAACGUCCAAACUAUAGACCAUACAAAUACAACAAAACUAUAUGUCACCACCGUCGAAUUUCUACAACUAAUAAAACCCAUUUUCUAAACAAAACUAAAAGCUUUCACCGUAUUUAAGUGAGUCUGAAUAAAAAAGUGAGCAUGUCUGUGUGGCGACUGAGACCAAACACACCUGUUGCUGCGAUGCUUUGACCGCAAUUCGCUAUUUGGCUUUUGGCAAGCACCAUUCCCCAAGGAUCUAAACCGCAUUUUAAACGAAAGGCAAAUCAAUAUUGUGCGUCCGAAUGAAACUUCAAAUAUGAAUACAGGAGACCGUAAGGAACAAGCCUCGUUAACACCGCAACAGCAACAAUCGCCGCAGCAGCCAGAGCCACAGCAACCAAUUACCCGACACGAUGCCUUGGAUAGUUCUAGUGCUAACAAUAGACUAAAUCAGAAACAAAAUAACGAUAAGGAUAGGGAUACAACUAGCGAUAAGAAUUGGGAGGCGGCGGGCAGAGAUUUAUUGCCGGCCAGUGUUGUCAUCGUCGAUGAAUCAUGUGCCUCGAAAAGUCAGAAGCAACCCAUAGAGUCGAGAAGUGGGGCCACCACCUCAUCGCAACGCCGCCGGCAAUUGCAAUUCCAGAGACAAAAGGAGGCCAAACUUUAUGACCGUGGCGAUGGGGAACGGGAUCGGGAACGGGAGCGGGAACGUGAAAGGGAACCCUCGACCUCGACCUCCACCUCCACCUCAACCUCCACCACCGCCACAACCACUGUGAUGGGUGGCGGGGAGCUGGUGAACUGUAUUGCCUACGAUGACAACACCCUGGUCAUCGAGAGGAAACCCUCGCCCACCUCCCCGUCCACCUCCCGGCGUUAUUUGAAGGCCGAAACUCCGACGCGUGGCAGUCGAAAGUAUAAUCGCAAGUCAUCGUCAUCGGUCAAAAGUGAUUUGGAAGUGGUCGUUGUCAAACCGGAGCAUCAUCAUCAGCAUAGAUCUCCGACUAUAACGCUUCCGGUUCCCGCUAACCCACUAACCACAUCAGCAUCUGCGGGCACUUCGCCCACGGGCGCCGGAUUGGGAUCAGGAUUGGGAACCGCUUCGGGCACGGUCCUGCAACAAAGGUACAUACAACUCCAGCUGGAGCACGAAAAGAAAUACAUUUUCCAUGCAAUCCAAGAGUUUGAUUACAUGGAACAAACUAGGCGCUCUAGGGCAUACUGCAGUGCCCUCGAUCCGCUCGAGGAUCCGGACCAACCCAGUGGGACCACCAGGAGGCGACCCACCAGCACCGAGCUCGCCCUCAGCAACGUCACCAGCCAGAUUGUGAACAACACCACCUACAAGUUAGACUUCAAACAGCGCCGGCACAAAAGCAUCAACGGUGGUGGUGGUGAGCCAGCGUCAGCGGGAUCCAGAUCGGGAUCUUUGACGGGCUUGGCCACAGGAUCGGCGAUCAGCCCGGGAGCAGGACCCUCAACCUCUGCCUCCAGCGGUAAGCGUCGCAAAUCGAGUUGCACAUCCUGCGGCGGUGGUGGUAUCAGUGCCCCGCCCCCAAGACUAACGCCCGAGGAGGCGUGGCAACUGCAACCGCAGAACAGCGUGACCAGUGCCGGCAGCACAAAUAGUAGUUUCAGUGGCGGCUGUGACGAGGACAGUAGUUACAGUGCCGUCGGUGGCGACAGCAGCAGCAGCAAUAGUUGCAACUGCGAUAUUACCGGUGAUAAUAGUACGUUGCAUGGUUUUGGCGUCGGUGACGUGAGCAGUUUUAUUGGCGAUUGUGACGAGGGUGAAUUCGAGGACGGUACCAACAAGGAUCUCAGUUCGCAAACACUGCGCACAGCGGCCAUUGUAGCCGCAGUUGCAGCCGCAGCCAAGGAACAGGCCCAGGAGCAUUCGCUAGCCGAUUGCGAGAGCUUCAGCGAUCGCCGGCAGGAUGCCGAUGAGGGUGUCCGCAUCUUCCAGGAUAGCAGCGGCGGCAACAACGACUCACUCGAGGACGUCGGCGAGGUGGACGACAACGCUGACGUUGUUGUGAGGAAGAACUCGAGGAAUCGCCCCUCGAUCAGAAGGACAUGCAGAAUCACCGAGGAGGACGACGACGACGAGGACGAGGACGACGGUGAUCAGGAUAUCGAUCGAGAGGAUCAGGAGCUAGACGACGAGGAGCCCGAGGGCACCACCAUUGACAUUGAUGAACAGGAACAGCAGGAGCAAGGUGAAUCCGCUGAAGAAGGCGACGAGGACGACGACGAGGACGUCGACGAGUAUUUCGAGGAGGAGGAGGACGACACCCAGGCCUUUUCGCCAUUUUACUCCAGUUCCGCGGAGCUAAUAGACAAUUUCGGUGGCGGUGCUGGGAAGUUCUUUAACAUAAUGGACUUCGAACGAGGAGCCGCCGGCGGAGGUGGCUUCUCGCCAAAUGGGGGUCCUGGCAGCGGCGAUGCCUCCCGGGCGGCGAGAUACGACUCAGGAGAGGGGGAUCUGGGCGGCGGCAACAAUAUCAUGGGCAUCGAUUCUAUGGCCAUCGCAAACAUUCCGGAAACCAUGAACGGCACCACAAUUGGACCAAGUGGAGCAGGUGGCCAAAAAGCUGGGGCAGCUGCAACUGCCGCUGGCCAAAAGAGACAGCAGCGGCGGGGCAAGCCGCAACCAGAUAGACCACAACGAGCACUGUUUUGCCUCAGCCUCAAGAAUCCCUUGCGAGCUUUGUGCAUUCGCAUUGUGGAGUGGAAACCAUUUGAGUUCCUUAUUUUGUUAACCAUUUUUGCCAAUUGUAUUGCCUUGGCCGUAUACACGCCUUAUCCGGGCAGCGAUUCGAACGUAACGAAUCUAACUUUGGAAAAAGUUGAAUAUAUAUUCCUAGUAAUAUUCACAUCGGAAUGUGUUAUGAAAAUUUUAGCAUAUGGUUUUGUGUUACAUAAUGGUGCAUAUCUAAGAAAUGGAUGGAAUUUAUUAGAUUUUACAAUUGUAGUUAUAGGAGCGAUAAGUACUGCACUCUCCCAUCUGAUGAAGGACGCCUUCGAUGUGAAGGCCCUACGUGCCUUUCGUGUGCUACGUCCACUGCGACUUGUAUCGGGUGUACCAAGUCUACAGGUUGUGCUGAAUUCAAUUUUAAAGGCCAUGGUGCCACUGUUUCACAUUGCACUCCUGGUCAUAUUCGUAAUCAUAAUCUAUGCGAUCAUUGGCCUAGAGCUCUUCUCUGGCAAAUUGCACAAAGCGUGCCGCAAUGAGAUCACAGGUGAAUACGAGGAUGAAAUUCGACCCUGUGGAGUAGGAUAUUCAUGCCCAGCGGGUUUCAAGUGCUAUGGCGGCUGGGAUGGACCAAAUUUCGGCAUUACCAACUUCGACAACUUUGGCCUGGCCAUGUUGACGGUAUUUCAGUGCGUCACCCUCGAGGGCUGGACCGAUGUGCUAUAUAGCAUCCAAGAUUCAAUGGGCAGCGAUUGGCAAUGGAUGUACUUCAUUUCCAUGGUCAUCCUGGGCGCCUUCUUCGUGAUGAACCUGAUUCUCGGUGUGUUGUCCGGUGAGUUCUCCAAGGAACGUAACAAGGCCAAGAAUCGCGGUGACUUCCAGAAGCUGAGAGAAAAGCAGCAAAUUGAAGAGGAUCUUCGGGGCUAUCUUGAUUGGAUUACCCAAGCCGAGGAUAUUGAACCUGAUGCCGUGGGUGGCCUGAUAUCCGAUGGCAAGGGCAAGCAGACCAACGAAACAGACUCCGCCGAGAACCUGGGCGAGGAAAUGCCUGAGGUUCAGUUGACUGAAUCCCGUUGGCGCAAAAUGAAAAAGGACUUCGAUCGGGUCAAUCGACGAAUGCGCCGAGCCUGCCGCAAGGCAGUCAAAUCACAGGCAUUCUACUGGCUCAUCAUUGUUUUGGUGUUCCUCAACACUGGCGUCCUGGCCACAGAGCACUAUGGGCAACUUGAUUGGCUGGAUAGAUUCCAGGAAUACACCAACAUGUUCUUCAUCGGUCUCUUUACUUGUGAAAUGUUAUUGAAGAUGUACAGUCUAGGCUUUCAGGGCUACUUCGUUUCACUAUUCAAUCGAUUCGAUUGUUUUGUGGUGAUUGGCAGUAUAACAGAAACCUUGUUGACCAACACUGGAAUGAUGCCUCCUUUGGGUGUCUCCGUGUUGCGAUGUGUGCGUCUGCUAAGAGUCUUCAAAGUAACCAAGUACUGGCGAUCUCUUUCAAAUCUCGUUGCUUCCCUAUUAAACUCUAUACAAUCGAUUGCUUCGCUUCUCUUACUGCUCUUCCUCUUUAUUGUGAUAUUUGCUCUGUUGGGUAUGCAAGUCUUUGGUGGCAAAUUUAAUUCAAAGCCCAAUGAGGAAAAGUAUCGGAUGAAUUUCGACUGUUUCUGGCAAGCUCUACUCACAGUCUUUCAGAUCAUGACUGGUGAAGAUUGGAAUACUGUGAUGUACGAGGGCAUCAAAGCCUAUGGCGGUGUGUCCUCCUACGGUGCCUUGGCCUGUAUUUACUUUAUAAUUUUAUUCAUAUGCGGUAACUAUAUCCUGCUGAACGUGUUCUUGGCCAUUGCUGUGGAUAAUUUGGCCGAUGCCGACUCACUGUCCGAUGUUGAAAAGGAAGAGGAACCUCAUGAUGAAUCAGCCCAGAAAAGGUCCCAUAGUCCCACUCCAACCAUUGAUGGCAUGGAUGAUCAUCUUAGCAUAGAUAUUGACAUGGAGCAACAGGAACUAGAUGACGAAGACAAAAUGGACCAUGAGACCUUAUCCGAUGAGGAAGUCCGUGAGAUGUGCGAGGAGGAAGAAGAAGACUCCAAUUCCGAAGUGUCAGCACGUGUCACUGCACGACCCAGACGAUUAUCCGAGGUCAGCAUGAAGAAGACUAAAAAGCCCAUCCCGCGAGGCAGUGCCUUUUUCAUUUUCAGUUACACGAACAGAUUCCGAGUCUUCUGCCAUUGGCUUUGCAAUCACGGCAAUUUCGGCAACAUCAUCUUGUGUUGCAUUAUGUUUUCGUCCGCUAUGUUGGCAGCAGAGAAUCCUCUGAGAGCCAACGAUGAACUGAAUAAAGUGCUCAAUAAAUUUGAUUAUUUUUUCACGGCAGUUUUCACAAUAGAACUGAUUCUGAAAUUGAUUUCAUACGGCUUCGUAUUACACGACGGAGCCUUUUGCAGAUCCGCAUUUAAUCUAUUAGAUUUACUUGUGGUCUGCGUGUCAUUAAUAUCUCUAGUGUCCAGUUCGAAUGCGAUUUCAGUCGUGAAAAUUCUACGUGUGCUCCGUGUUUUAAGGCCACUCAGAGCUAUUAAUCGUGCCAAGGGUCUCAAGCAUGUUGUUCAAUGUGUCAUAGUCGCUGUUAAGACUAUCGGAAAUAUUGUGCUCGUCACAUGCCUACUGCAGUUCAUGUUUGCCGUAAUAGGAGUCCAAUUGUUUAAGGGUAAAUUUUUCAAGUGCUCUGAUGGUUCCAAAAUGAAGCAAGAGGAUUGCUACGGCACUUAUCUGGUCUAUGAGGAGGGUGAUGUUCACAAACCGCGACUCAAGGAACGGGAAUGGAGUAACAAUCGGUUCCACUUUGACGAUGUGGCCAAGGGCAUGUUGACCCUUUUCACGGUAUCCACCUUUGAGGGUUGGCCAGGAUUGCUGUACGUUUCAAUCGAUUCGAAUGAGGAAAACGGCGGUCCAAUACACAACUUCCGUCCGAUCGUAGCUGCCUACUAUAUAAUCUACAUCAUUAUUAUUGCCUUCUUCAUGGUGAACAUAUUCGUCGGUUUCGUUAUUGUCACCUUUCAAAACGAGGGUGAACAGGAAUACAAAAAUUGUGAUCUGGAUAAGAACCAGCGUAAUUGCAUAGAAUUCGCUUUGAAAGCUAAGCCUGUUAGGCGCUACAUACCGAAGCAUGGUAUACAAUACAAGGUCUGGUGGUUCGUCACAUCAUCAUCCUUUGAGUAUACCAUAUUCAUACUGAUCAUGAUAAAUACGGUAACGCUGGCAAUGAAGUUCUAUAAUCAACCGUUGUGGUACACGGAACUUUUGGAUGCCUUGAAUAUGAUAUUUACGGCGGUCUUUGCACUAGAGUUUGUUUUCAAACUAGCCGCAUUUCGAUUUAAAAACUACUUUGGUGAUGCCUGGAACGUUUUUGAUUUUAUCAUUGUCUUGGGCAGUUUUAUAGACAUUGUCUACUCUGAAAUUAAGAGCAAAGAUGCUUCUCAGAAACCCGAAUGCGACAUUGUAGAGGACUGUAAAGCCACAAAGAAAUCUGCUGGCUCCAAUCUAAUAUCAAUUAAUUUCUUCCGACUGUUUCGUGUCAUGCGACUUGUGAAACUUCUGAGCAAAGGCGAAGGCAUUCGUACAUUACUUUGGACUUUUAUCAAAUCUUUUCAGGCCCUGCCCUAUGUGGCCCUACUAAUUGUGCUUCUAUUCUUUAUCUACGCAGUGGUGGGGAUGCAAGUUUUUGGCAAAAUUGCUCUGGAUGGUGGUAACUCCAUAACGGAAAAUAACAACUUCCAGACUUUUCAACAGGCCGUGCUCGUACUAUUUCGAUCGGCCACCGGAGAAGCUUGGCAGGAUAUUAUGAUGUCCUGCUCGGCCCAACCGGAUGUAAAAUGCGAUAUGGAGUCAGAUACGCCUGGCGAUGCGUGCGGCUCCUCAAUAGCAUAUCCAUACUUCAUUUCCUUCUAUGUUCUCUGCUCGUUUUUGAUCAUUAAUCUUUUUGUGGCCGUCAUUAUGGACAACUUUGAUUAUCUGACGCGCGAUUGGUCCAUUUUGGGACCACAUCACCUGGACGAGUUUAUUCGUCUUUGGAGCGAAUACGAUCCGGAUGCCAAGGGACGCAUCAAACACUUGGAUGUGGUCACAUUGCUGAGAAAGAUCUCGCCGCCACUUGGAUUUGGCAAGCUAUGUCCUCAUCGAAUGGCCUGCAAACGACUGGUCUCCAUGAACAUGCCCCUCAACUCCGAUGGAACUGUUCUGUUCAAUGCCACAUUAUUUGCCGUGGUCCGCACAUCGCUGAGCAUUAAGACCGAUGGCAACAUCGAUGAUGCCAACUCCGAGCUGCGGGCCACAAUCAAACAGAUCUGGAAGCGAACCAAUCCAAAGCUCCUAGAUCAGGUGGUUCCGCCGCCGGGCAAUGAUGACGAGGUGACCGUCGGCAAGUUCUAUGCCACAUAUCUGAUUCAGGACUACUUCCGACGCUUCAAGAAGCGCAAGGAGCAGGAGGGCAAGGAGGGUCAUCCGGACAGCAAUACGGUCACUCUACAGGCCGGUCUGCGAACCCUGCACGAGGUCUCCCCGGCUCUCAAGAGGGCCAUCUCAGGUAAUCUCGAUGAGCUGGAUCAGGAGCCGGAGCCGAUGCAUCGACGCCACCACACGCUUUUUGGCAGUGUGUGGUCAUCGAUCCGGCGGCAUGGGAACGGAACUUUCCGGCGGAGCGCCAAGGCGACAGCCUCGCAGAGCAACGGUGCCCUGGCGAUCGGCGGAUCCGCCUCGGCGGCCAUGGGCGUGGGUGGUAGUACCAUGGUCCUGGGGAGCGGGGAUCCCUCUGGCGGGGACUAUCUGUACGACACCCUGAACCGCAGUGUGGCCGAUGGGGUGAACAAUAUCACGCGGAACAUAAUGCAGGCCCGAUUGGCGGCGGCCGGAAAGCUGCAGGACGAACUGCAGGCGACCGGAAGUGGCGGAGAGCUAAGGACAUUCGGCGAGAGCAUCUCCAUGCGACCUUUGGCCAAAAACGGAGGCGGUGCGGCCACUGUGGCCGGAACCCUGCCGCCCGAGGCCAAUGCCAUUAACUAUGACAACCGCAAUCGUGGUAUUUUAUUGCAUCCAUAUAACAAUGUCUACGCACCCAAUGGUGCUAUUCCUGGCCACGAACGCAUGAUCCAAUCGACACCAGCUAGUCCCUACGAUCAGCGUCGUUUACCAACUUCAUCUGAUAUGAACGGCCUAGCCGAGUCAUUGAUUGGAGGGGUACUCGCCGCUGAGGGAUUGGGUAAAUACUGUGACUCCGAGUUUGUGGGGACUGCUGCGCGGGAGAUGCGCGAGGCGCUGGACAUGACGCCCGAGGAAAUGAACCUGGCCGCCCACCAGAUCCUCUCGAACGAGCACUCGCUGAGCCUGAUUGGCAGCAGCAAUGGCAGCAUCUUUGGCGGUUCCGCCAGCGGGCUUGUUGGAGCUGGGGGAGGGAUGGGUGGUGGCAGCAGCAUUCGCAACGCCUUCGGCGGAAGCGGAAGUGGUCCGUCCUCGCUGUCGCCGCAACAUCAACCAUAUUCGGGCACUCUGAAUUCACCACCGAUUCCGGAUAAUCGUCUGAGACGUGUUGCCACAGUCACAACCACGAACAAUAACAAUAAGUCCCAACUGAGCCAAAACAAUUCGAGUAGCUUAAAUGGUAGAGCUAAUGCCAAUAGCCAAAUGAAUCAAAUGAACCAAAUGUCACCAAGUGCACAACAAAUGCAACAACAAUCGCCCCAAAAAGGUCAGGGCAACCAGGCCUUCUCCUCAUAGCACCCACAUUGUAAGCUACACAUACAGAAUGUCUUCUUGAUGGAAUUUUAAGUGUUCAUCUAGCGAUGGGCAGUUUAUCUAUAAUUUUUAGCGGAGAAAAAAACACAUUAGUCUUAGCGUCGAGAAUUGUUAUAUUUAAAUUGUUCACAAGCGAGAACCAAACCAAUAAAACUUGUAUAACUUGUAUAAAGGAAGUCACCUAAUUGUAAUUGUAUAAUAAUAAUAAUGUUUUGCCUUUUUGAGAAAUCUAUCGUUGGCCUUCGUCCUCUAACGAGCCACAAACCCAAAAACCAACAAAACUAAGCCUAUCAAAUUAAGGAAAAAUGUAUAUUUUUGGAAAAAAUAAAGGGGAAACCAAACUAAACUGAUAAUGUUUAACCUGUAAUUAGAAAUAAAAAUCAAAACCAAAAAUAAAUAAAAUUAAAAACACACCAAUGUAAUUGAUUAGAUAUUAAUCACCAAAAAACUUUAAACAAAUAAUUAUAUAUUAACAUUGAACAUUUAAACAUUAUUGAGCGACAGUGUAAUAACCUAUUUCGAUUUAGACGCAUUUUAUUUUUUAAGUAUUUAAUAAACGAACAAUUAAAUGAUAAAUGGAAUUGUUUAGAAUACAUACAGCAGACAUAUAUGUAUAAAAUUCAUAAAUGUAAUAGCAUAAUUUCAAACUGAGAGACCGAAACCCCUAAAAAUUAAUGUAAACUGAAUUUUAAUUGUUAUGAUUGAAUUUUUACAAUAAAAACCUGAAAAUGUGAGCAAAUUAAAA